AUGUCAGAUGCUUCCAUUCUUCGACCCAGCGGACUAGCCCACGUCGUCUUCAGAACGGCCAACAUUAAACCCCUGGUGGAUUUCUGGUCCACAUUUCUGGGAGCGGAGCGAGUGUUCGAGAAUGAGUUUAUUGCUUUUCUCCGCUAUGACGAAGAACACCACCGCGUCGCUAUCAUCAACGAUGAAAGCACUGGUCCCCAUUCGGCAACUGCGGCCGGACUUCACCAUGUGGCCUUUACCUACGACACACUCCAGGGUCUUAUCAAAGCCUGGAAGCUGAGAGAGAAGCUUGGCAUAAAGCCGACCUGGUGUGUCAACCACGGCCCUACGACCAGUAUUUACUAUAAAGACCCAGAUGGAAAUUCUAUUGAGACACAGAUCGACAAUUUUGACACUGUUGAGGAGGCGACUGAGUUCAUGACCUCCAAAUUCUUCCGAGAGAAUGCUGUUGGGACCGAUGUAGAUCCAAACGAGUUGCUUCGCCGUUUGGAGGCGGGUGAAGACGAGAAGGCCCUGAAGAAAAGGGUUGAGAUUGGGAUUCGACAUGAUAUCCCUGCAGCAGUGUAA